AUUGCUGGAGGUCAGAGGUCAAGAAAUACCCACAGUACUUUGCGCGCGGAAAGAAAACUCUAGAAAGAUGGCGACUGAAAUGUUUGGCCAGGCGAAUGAAGCGUUCGUCGAUGAGAACUAUGAGAAAGCAUUAGAGUUAUACACCAAAGCAAUUGAGCUGGAUGGAGAGAAGUCAGAAUUCUUCACAAAACGGGCUCAGACGUAUAUCAAGUUGGAGCAGUACAUGGAUGCUGUGGCAGAUGCUACAAAGGCAGUGGAGCUAGAUCCCAACAGCUCAAAGGCUCACCUCAGAAAAGGGGUUGCCAGUUUCCAUCUGGAUGAGUUUGAGUCAGCAAGAGAAUCAUUUGUGAAAGGUCAAGAGUUAGACAGUUCUGAGCCACUCUUUGCAAGAUGGAUCAGGAAAUGUGAUGCAAACUUGAACUUGGAAGAGAAGGAGGAAUCAGGAACAGUGGCUGAAGAUGGCAAGCCCCUGCUUGGAGCAGCAGGAGACAGUAGCCCCUCCCCCCAGCCUGUCAAUCAACCCCAGCCACAAGCUGCAGCCCCGCCCCCUGUCUCAAAGAGACAUGACUGGUACCAGACAGAGACCCACGUCAUCGUCACGGUCAUGAUCAAAGGGCUGAAGAAAGAAGAUGUACAAGUCGACUAUGAUGCCACCACGCUGAGUGCUGUGUUUAAACAACCCAGUGGGACAGACUAUGUGUUAGACCUGGAGCUGGCCCACCCUAUUGUUAAGGAGAAGUGUAUCACCAAGGUCCUCAGUACCAAGGUGGAGAUGAAGAUGAAGAAGUCUGAAGGCAUCAGGUGGCAGUGUCUGGAGGGGGAUGGGAGGCCGUAUCAGUACGCACAGUGGACAUCAGGUAACAAGGGAGCCAGUGGUGUGACACAGUACCCAUCCUCCAGCCAUUGCAAGCGAGACUGGAACAAGAUCGUGGCAGAUGUGAACAAGGAGGAGAAAGAGGAGAAAUCUGACGGAGACGCUGCCCUCAACUCAUUCUUCCAACAGAUCUAUUCCGACGGCAACGAGGAAGUCAGGAAAGCAAUGAACAAGUCAUUCGUGGAGUCAGGUGGUACAGUCCUCAGCACCAACUGGAAGGACAUCGGCAAGAAAAAGGUGGACAUGAAGCCACCAGAUGGGAUGGAGUUCAAGAAGUGGGAGAUAUGAGAGCCCCCCUCCCCAUCUGUCUGUUCUUCUGUCAAAAGGACUCUGCUACAUAUGAUUGUUCCAAUCUACAUACAUUCAUUCAUUUUUUGCCAAUCAGUAGUGUUAUUUCAGCUGCUGAUUGUGCAGGCUUUAAAUUCAUCAACAGCUUUGAAAGUGUGUUGGGCCGGGUAGGUAAAAAAUCAUUUCUGCUGUCUUGUCAUUGCUUGAAAUUCUGUAAGACUGACUUUUAUAAAGCAUUGAGAUAGUUAUGACUUAUGUAUGAUUCCUUUGCAUUUAUUUGUGUUGCUACGUAGACAUUGUUACACAUUGUACAUGUACUGAUUAUUUUUUUCUGACAAAACGAGGGAAAAUGAUAUUGUCUACAUCCUGAAUACCAGCAUGUGCAAAUCAACACUAAAACUACACAUACACGUACUCUAAUAGAGUAUAAUGUAUUCAAAAUGGUUGCAUUGUUAUUAGAAGGAAUAUAGGAGAGACCUCGAACAAUCCUUACAGAAUGGAAUCAGGAUGAUGGCUAUCAAAGAUUGAAGCAGUGCCAUAUUUAAUAAUAUGUCUGCUCAGAGCACAAUGUUAUGGUCAUGGUAAUAGGUUGCAAAGAUAUGAUUCAUUUAGAGACCUUUUGGGAAAUAUUCUUCUUCUACAUUGUCCAACUCCAAGGAAAGAUAAUAGUAUGGUAUCAUGUCUUUGAAAGCCUGAAAACAUCAAGCACUGCUUUUCCCCAUGUGGGCACAUGUUUUGUUUGCACAUGUAUUUUUCAAGUACAUUUGUACAAGCUUUAAAGGGAAAGCAUAAUUACUUGCUAUCCUAUGUUCAUUGUGAUUGUCCUCACUUCAUAAUGAUGAAUUUUUUGGUCAUCUGUACAUACUGAUGUAUCUCUGCAUCUUGAAAGAAUACAGAAUACACUUGA